CAACUCUCCUUAUGAAAAAGGGUAUGUCGUAACCAAUAUGGCGGCGGUGGAACAACUUUUUGCGAAGACCUGCAGUAUUUUGACGUUUUAAAGAAGUAGAGAGCUUGUAAUUGCAGGUUUGGGGGUUUAGGUUGAAGGAUGUAGAAGGAUGUCGACCGCCGGAGUCGAUGACAGUGCUGUAAUCGCCACGAAUGAUGACGCAGCGAGCUGCAAAAGGUUUGCAGUUCAGCAGGGUUAUUGGAAGGACCCCUACAUCCAACACCUGGUCAGACCAGGUGAAAGGAAAGCACCUGAAAUCAACAGAGGAUACUAUGCAAGAACCCAGGGUGUGCGCCAGCUGCUAGACCAGUUUCUGCGACUGACCAGGUGUGAGUGUCAGGUGGUCAGUCUGGGCGCAGGCUUUGAGACAACCUACUGGAGACUUAAGGAUGAGGGGCUACUUCCAAGAGGUUACUUUGAAGUUGACUUCCCAGCUGUAACAUCCAGAAAGUGCCAUUAUAUCAGAAGCCGUCCACCUUUGUCCAAGCCACUCACAGAGGGGGGUGGUCAGCUGCAGAUAGAAGGGGGAACUCUUCACUGCUCACAGUAUCACAUCCUCAGUGGAGACCUCAGGAACACAGAGGAACUUGAUGCUUCUCUUACCACAUCAGGAAUAGACAAAAGCUUGCCAACACUGUUCAUGACAGAGUGUGUUCUGGUGUAUCUAACACCGGAGCAGUCCUCCAAGCUGGUGAGAUGGGCUGCUGACAACUUCCCCACCGCCAUGUUCGUUAACUACGAGCAGGUGAACAUGAAGGACAAGUUUGGGCAAGUCAUGAUCGAGAACUUGAAGACUAGACAUUGUCACCUAGCUGGGGUGGAUCUCUGUGCUGAUGCUGAAUCUCAGAAGCAGCGUUUUUUGUCAGUGGGAUGGGAGGGAGCAGAACUGCUGGACAUGUGGACAGUGUACCACAGUCUUCCCCAGCAGGAUGUACAGAGAAUAGAGCGGCUGGAGUUCCUGGAUGAGGUGGAACUCCUACAGCAGCUCCUGCAGCAUUACUGUAUCACAUGGGCCUGGAAGGACCCUCGGGGACUCGGCUUGGCCAGCCUUGGGUUCGGACAACCGUCUCCGGCUCUCCGCUGAUGUAACAACUUACUAACAAGCCUGGGCUUCAAUGUCCAACCUUGACUUUGGGUAACCUUCCUUUCUGACAUAACUGGGUUGCAAAAUUCACUAAAAUUUAAAUGUACAGGACUAGGUUUCAAUGUCCAACCUUCACCGUGGGCAACCUUAAGUUUCCAAUAUGACUUGGUUUGAAAAUUCUCUACAUGUAUGUGAAAGGCCUGGGCUUCAGUGUCCAUCCUUGACUCUGGGCAACCUUCCUUUCCAAUGUGACUGGGUUGAAAAAUUCACUAUGUGAAAGACCUGGGCUUCAAUGUCCAACCUUGACUUUGGGCAACCUACUUUUCUGACGUGAUUGGUUGCAGAUUGAGCCAUGUCAAAUUUUGCUUUCAAUUUUCUAUAUGAUGUAUAUUGUGUUUAUGAAAUGUUUUAACCAGCAAAAAGGCUGUUAUGCCUGUGAAUGUCAGUGAUUAUUGUGUAAAUACAUUAUUUUGUAUCUCUUAAGCUUUGUGUUACAAGAAGAAUCCCUUGGAGACUUGUCUUGUUAAAGUGUUGGUCCCAGACUUGAUUUUCUUAAGUCACAGCAGAUGGCAUGUAGCUUUGCCAUUUGGAAUCUCUGUCUUGGAAAAGUUCUUGUUGAUUUGUUUGUGACUUGUUAAUUAGAGGUUGCUGCUAAUAGUAAAUGUUUACCGUCUGA